ACGUUUUGUGUAACUUACAAUUUAUAAGUAUAAUCACAUAUAUUUGGUUAUAUUUUAUAUUUGGUGCUAGCGUAAUCGGCCACGUGUUGCUAAGUCUACAUAAGUUAAAUUGAGAUUAUCGUAAACGUAAUAUAGUGAAAUAAAAAUAUUUUUGUGGUUUUGCAAUUUUUAGUGCUUUAUUGUGUUAUUAGUGCUUUAUUAAAACUAUUCUAUUAAAUUAAAUACAUAUGCCACCAAAAAAAUCUAACCUCUCUAAUGCGCGAAGCAAAGAGGCACGACGCAAACGUAUUCAAAGAGCUCAACUGUCAGCAGAACAAAUUACAGCAAGGAAUGCGGCUCAAAGAGCCAGAACAGCAGAGCAUCGUGCUAACGAAUCCCAAGAACAGCGUGAAGAACGUCUGCGACAAACUAGAGAAAGAUCAAGAGCGGUACGUGAACAAAACUUAGCUAGAGCACGAGCUCGAGAACGAGCUCGAGAGCGAGCUCGAGCUCGAGAACGACAGAUUAAGCGGACCAAACUCUCAUUAAAACGUGCAUCAUUUGCUCGUCUUGCUUCGAAUUAUGCAUCAGAUAUUGAUUACUCUGCGCAUUCAAAAAUUACUAUCGGUGCAAUGGAUAAGCCACAGCAACGCGUGGCCGGGUCUGCUAGUAGUAAUGAAAUGUUCCAAAAUGAAAACAAUUCUGAAGCUGAUGAAGAAAAACCGACAGACGCAACAGAAUUUAAAGUUCCAAAAUUACAACAGUUUCAUUCAGUAUUUAUUGUUUCUGAUAUGCGUGACGAUUUUUCAGAAUCUCCAUCUAUUUCUAUGCCUAAAGAGUCAUUAUUACAAACGAGACUUGCAACGCUUCAUGCUGAAUUAGAAGAACUGCGCCAACGAAGGCAACAGCAAGAAAUUGAAAUUGCAAAUAUAGAGAAUAAGAAACAAAGAUUUCAAGAAAUAUUGGAUAAUUUGCUAACUCAAGAGAUGCAGAAAGCUCAAGAGAUUCAAGACUUGGAAAUGGAAUAUAAAUAAAGAAUUAUUAUUCGUUUCUAGUGUUAAGGAUUCCUAAAUAGUAUUAAAGCACAAAAUAAAUGUAUAUAAUAUUUA